AUGCUCUUUUCAUUCCUUUCUCUUUUCCUUGCCUUGGCAUCUUCACGCCGUAGGCCAGGAAAAAGAUACACAAAAGAUAACGAUCCAGUUCGUUAUAUGCGUGAAUUAGAGUUCCGAAAUACUAUUGACCAAUAUGACUUAGCGCUUGUUCUUUUCUACGAUAAGGAUAAUGAUGACUGCAAGAGAAUGAUUGAAGGAUAUCGUUACGCCGCUGAAAGAUCGCAUGGUAAAGCAGAUUAUAUUGUUUUGAGUGCUCGUCACGCCACAGAUCUUGCUGAUGAACUUGGUGUUGAUACAUAUCCAGCACUCUUUGCAUUUAGAUAUGGAACACAAAUUGCAAAGCUUCCUAACACUACACAAGGAAGAGAAGCAUAUUUCUAUGUUUGCAACGUCACUGCUUCUAAAUACAAAUACGUAAAUCAAGUUGAUGAAGCACGCUCCAUCGUUGAAAAGAUGAAUGCUACAAUUAUCGUUGCUCUUCCUGAUAUCAACGCAAAACUCGAUAAAAUCUUGUCAAUUGUCAGUGCAAAAUUCAUGAAGAAGUCACAUAUGUGGGUCACACAAACAGCCGAGCUUGCUGAUGCAUUCAAUGCACCUUUCCCAGGAAUUACGAUUAUUAGAACUCAAGAUGAUAAGAAUAUCUCAUAUCCUGGCGAUCCAUUUAAGAUUACUACCAAAUCUCUUUCCGAUUUCAUCGAAAAGAACAUAGAUUCCAAGUAUGAAAUCAUGAAUUCCACAUUUAACGCAGUUAGCAACGAUAACAAGGCCAUGUACUUCGCCACAAUCUACGACUUCUCUAAUCUCACAAUGAUGGCCGAAGUUCGCCAAGUUCUCGACAGAGUUUCCGAAAAAAUCAACACCGAUGAGUCUACAAAGAUUCCAAUUCGCUACGGCGAUGCUACAGCCCUCAAAGUCAACCUCUCCCGCCUCAAUAUUCAGAACUUCAGCCUCCCAAUUUACGGAUUUUUCCAAGUCGACCAAUACAACUACAAGAAGUGGAUUUUCAAAGGCAAUCCAUCACCUAAUGCUGUUGCCCUGUUCGCGAUGGACCAUCUCCGUGGAAAAAUCAAAGAAACCCUCAUCGAAACUCCAGUUUCAUCAACAAGAGCCAGAUACCCUCUCAUGACAUUCUCCGGAGCCGAUCUUAAGAAGCAGUUAGAGAAUACUGAGAAAGAUUUCAUUGUCAACUUUUACGGAUGGCCAUGCAAGAACUGCCAAGAGGUAGAAGACCUGUUUUACGAGACAGCGACAUGGGCAAAGAAGUCUUCCAUCUCCCACGUCGUUUUCGCUACAGUAAACGCUUCAUGCAACGAUAUCCCUGUUACAAUCUGGAGAAAUGAGACUUAUCCUUACGCAUGGAUGUUCCCAGCCACAAAUAAGACACAUCCAUUCCCAAUUGGAAAGCGCAGAAGCUUGUAUUUGAUGGCACAGCUUUUGAAGGAUAAUUCAACGCAACCAAUCAAAGCUGCCAUGCCUCCAAAGCCAGAGUGGACACCAGAACCAGUUAAGGAUGACGAACUCUGA